AUGUCGAACAAGGCCGGAAGCCGUGAUCCUCGUACACCCCGGUUUCACGUGGAUGCAUUUCACUCACCAUUCGAGCUUUCUUCCCACCACGGGCAUCGCUCAAACGGAUCAGCAUCACCACGAUCCUCCUCGUACACCGUGCAAGAGGAAACCGUAGUAUCUUCAACAGCCAUGCCCAUUUCAUUCAACGCAUUGAGAGAGUCGGCACACACUCUCAACAUGAGAAUCGGCAGGGCAUCUGCAGGUGGAGUUUCACCAGGACUUUCACCAGGGCAAACACCAAGUUCCCAUUCAUCAAGCAUCUUCCGCACUUCUUCCGUUGCGUCGGACCGUCACCCCUCAUUAACCAUCCGCCGGGCUCCCAGUGGUGCCUCGUUGUCAAAGGAAAUCGAGGGUCUCCAUCUCGACGAGUACUCCCUUCCUAAGGAAUUAGGCCGACGUCAUCACCGCCGUAGAAGAACCGGUUCUCUGGAUGAUUCCCCUCCAUUGCUUGAGGUCAUGGCAGAUGAUAUGAUGUUUCCAGCUACCUUUGACGAUAUCCCACACUGUGAUGAAGCUCACUGUGCCAACCACCAUCAUCGACAACGCUCCGGGUCCAUUGUUUCAAUCAAGUGUGAUAAGAGCGACGAUGACGACAGCGGAUCAAUCCACGGCAUGGAAAACAUCGAGGGGGAGAUCGAAACGUUAAUUCCCAUGGCCCCCAUGGCACCCUUAAUGCUAGUGCCGCUUAUCGACCGCACAGUUGAGAUGGCGGAACUGAUCGACCAUCGUGCAAACAAGAGAUGGGUCAACCAGGUCAAACAUGCGCUCGGUGACGACAAAUUCAAGAACCAGUGCCUUCCUCUUUGGACACAAACCAGCCGGAAUAAGUUGCCGGAUAUUGCGUGGCUCAAGAGGUCAAAAGAUCUGCUCAUUACCAAAUCCUGCGGUGGCAACAACGAUACCAGGCUAUGGAGCGAGUUCUGCGAUAUGGUUGGGUGGUCGGAGGAGAGUAUUGAGCUGGAGGAUAACCACAUGAGGCGACCUCCAUCAGUGAGUCCUAGACGCCAUGGGUCGCAGGACGGAAGUACGAGCCCGCAAAUGAACUGUAUCGUUGAGGAGGAGGACUAG